AUGGCCUUGCUCUCGUUCCUGAGACGAGGGAAAUCAAAGCCACGGGUGCCUUCAUGCAGGGGAGCCUUUCAAAAACCCAACAAACUUCUUCAUCAGAACUACGAGACCUUGCUGGAGACAUGCUUGAAGAAUAAAUGCCUGUUCAAGGAUGAGAACUUCCCAGCUGACCUUCGUUCCAUUGGAAUGGGAUCAUUGCUGCAGAAACUGCCACCAAACCUACAGUGGAAGAGGCCACAUGAACUUCAUAAAACUCCAAUAUUUUAUACUGCAAACACAAGAAGGCUUGAUCUCUGCCAAGGAUUGGUUGAAAACUGCUGGUUCCUGGCCGCGUUGGAAGCGCUGACGUUCCACCAAGACAUCUUGGCCGUGGUCAUGCCGCAAAACCAAAGCUUUGAUAGGAAGUACGCUGGCAUUUUCCAUUUCCGGUUUUGGCACUUUGGUGAAUGGGUUGAUGUGGUGGUCGAUGACCGACUGCCAGUCAAUGAGGCUGGUCAGCUGGUUUUUCUCUCCUCCGUUUGUAAGAAUCUCUUCUGGGGAGCCCUUUUGGAGAAGGCGUAUGCCAAGCUCUAUGGCUCCUAUGAAGAUCUGCAGAUCGGACAAGUGUCGGAAGCGCUGGUGGAUUUUACAGGCGGAGUUAAUAUGACAGUAAAACUGGCAGAGGCUCCUCCUGAUCUAUGGGAUAUACUGACAAGAGCAACCUACAGCAGAUCUCUUAUGGGUUGCCAGACGCAUUUAGGGACAGCAAGGGUCCUAGAGAAUGGGCUGGUGGCUGGCCAUGCCUACACAGUCACUGGUAUUAGAAAGGUGACUUGCAAAUAUGGACCGGAAAAUUUAGUGAGACUGAGAAAUCCAUGGGGGAAAACUGAAUGGAAAGGAGAGUGGAGCGAUAGUUCUGGGAACUGGGAGCUGCUCAGCCCGAAGGAGAAGAUUUUGCUGCGGAGAAACCAAGAUGAUGGAGAAUUCUGGAUGUCUCUGCAAGAUUUUAAGACCCACUUUGUAGAUCUGAUGAUCUGUAAAUUGACUCCUGACCUGAUGAGCCAGGAAGAUGGGAAGAAGUGGAUGUAUUCUCUGCAGAUUGGGAGAUGGGUCAAAGGAAGCACGGCGGGUGGCAGGCUGAGGCCCUACAAAGACACUUUUUGGAUGAAUCCCCAGUACUGGCUGGAAGUUUUGCAGGGUGACGGCAGCAAAAGGUCCCUGCAUUCCUGCAGCGUGCUGGUGUCCCUGAUCCAGAAACCCAGCAGCAAACACCGAAACCGGGCACCUCACCUCUCCAUAGGGUUUUCCAUCUUCAAGGUGGGUAGAAAGUACCACAAAAGCAACAAAAGGCUGGCACCAGCUUUCUUUGCCAGGAACCCCUCCGUCAACCAAAGGCAUCUCUUCCUGAAUGAGCGGGAAGUGACUCAGGAUUUCCGGCUGCAGCCUGGGGUCUAUGUCAUCGUCCCCUCCACCGCGGAACCCCAGCAGGAGUCCGAGUUCAUCCUUCGGGUCUUCUCCAGGAAACACAUCCUUCGCGAAAUGGGCGGAAAUUCAAGUUUCAUCCUUUCCAAGGAAAUAAUUGAUAAACACGAAGGCAAGAUUUGGGAGGAUUUCUUCAAUAAGCAUUUUGAACAACAUCCGGAAAUAAACGCUGUCCAACUCCAGAGGAUCCUGAAUAAUGUCAUCUGGACACAUCUCCAGAGCUUUCGGCUGAGAUUUAGUCUGGAUGCCUGCCAAGGUAUCCUGGCACUGCUGGACCUUAAUGCCACUGGCACACUGAGUAUUCAGGAAUUCAGGGUCCUGUGGAAGAGGCUGCUUUUCUAUCUGGAAGUUUUCCAGAAGAAAGAUGUUGAUCGAUCAGGAAAUCUGGACUUAGUGGAAUUGCAUGCAGCUGUGCAGGAGACAGGUAUUUCGCUCAGCAAUGAAGUCUGUAACCUAAUGGCGAUCAGAUACGGCAACCCUGACCUGAAAAUCAGCUUUGAGAGCUUCGUCUGCUUCAUGCUGCGAGUGGAGAUCAUGGGGGAGGCCUUUCAGAACUUAACUAAAGAUGGCAAAGGGAUAUAUCUCCAGGAAUCUGAGUGGAUGAUGAUGACUCUCUAUUCCUAAAGCAAAGCAGCGGAGGAGGAAUGAGUUGGACUUAGACACACUGGCCCCUCCCAGGACAUGGAGGGCUGUUCCUUAUCAACUUGUUAUACAUGCUGGAUACUUUGGGCCAAUCCUGCAAUCCCUACUCAUGCGAGCAGUCCCAGGUCAGCCAAUGGGGUGGCUUAAGUGCAUUAGGGGAACUGAAGUGAAUAGGGGUUGCUGGAUCAGGCUCUUUCCAUAUGGAUAGAUUUUAUCCCAUGAGGAUCUACUUUUAUGAACAGAUUGGAUCUAAAGACCCGAGAUGCAGUGAAAUGAAGAUCAGCUUUUAUUUUUAAUACAUCAUUUCAGACACCUCUGAGAAUCAGCUGUUAGCAUGGGGCUGCAGAGUUGUAGAUUCACUGAGAGACCAGGGUGACAUGUAGUUCUUAUAACGAGCAAAGCUACCAGGAUGAAAAGUCCCUUAUUGGAUGCCCUGAAUCUGUAAGGCUCCCCAUAGUUUUCAGGUUGAUUGUAGUUGGACACUGUUACAAUUAGUAAUAGAUAUGUAUAUUAUGGUAAUGCCCAAAGGCUCCAGUUAGGAUUGGGCCCACACUAUGCUGGGCGAUGGACAAACCUAGAAAAGAGACGAUCCCUGCCCCAAAUGGCUUAUGCGCUAAAGACGCAAACACAUUCAAAUUCCACAACCCCUUCAGGCAAAUGUAAUUCAGGUCCAUCCCUCCCGCCAAGUGUAAAAAGAAUCACUGAAAACUACCAAUGAAUUUGGAAGCUGAAGUCUAAGCUUUAGGGCCAGAUCCUCAGGUGGAAAUUGAAGUCAAUGGACCUAUGCUGAUUAUGCCAGUUGAUGAACAAGGAAGAGGGAACUGGUAUGCUCUGGGCAAGGGGAUGGGGACUGGAAGAGGAGGAGAGACUAAGAUUGUCUGUGCAAGGAGACUUGGGAGGUGGAUGAGAAGCCUGAGGAGUACAGACUGGGCCUGGGUAAGAGAGAAGAAUGGGAUUGGGACAAGGAACCAGGGUAGGAGACGACACAGGACUGGGAUGGGAGCUGGUUGGAAGAUAUGGGUAAAAGGGGUCACGGGGGGAAUGAACAGAAGAGUUUGUGCCUACUAAAGCACACUCCCCUCCGGAACCGGGAAUGGAACCAGAGAUUCCUGAGUCUUACAUUCCUCUGCUGUCAGCAAACAGCUGUGAUACCCACUGGCAGAAUGUCCCAUCCCCCUCUAGAGCUGGUCCACAAUGAGAGUUGGAACAUAUUCCUGCUCUCAGAUACUCUGCUAGCUGAAGUGGCCCAGGGCUGUGCAAUGCAUCUAAAGGUCCCCACCCUGCUGAUUGACCCAUGUGGGCAUCAAGAUGAUGCUACAGAAUGGAAAUGCUGGUUUUUGCAGUGUUCUGUUUUCAAAUCUAGGAAGUCACUAACUACAUUCAAAGAAGAUUAUUGAGGUUGCAAAGUCAAGCACUCAAAAGUUAAGAAAUUCCAGAAUUAAGAUUGCUUGUACAGCCUUUAUUCAGCCCCCUUGUGUGUAUGUCUUAUGAGAUAGUCUUUCAGUCACACAAUCACGGAGUAAGUUUGGUUGAAAUGACUUGCUCAGCAUCACACAGGGACUGUGUGGCAUAGACAGGGACAAAAUCCAGUUCCCCAGGGUGGCAUUCAGCUGCCUUAAUCUUGCUCUGCCUGCAGUUCCCUGCCUCUUUGAUUACACACCUUCCAGCUCGGCAACAAAUGAAGCAGGGGUCCUACUGACAACACCUCCUGCAUUGUACCACCCUGACUCAUCCCCAGAGCAAGUCCAGCCUGUGCACUGAAUGAGCCAGGGGUUGCGUCUGUGUGGUGCGGAGCAUGUGAUCAUGUAAUUAAAGACUGUAUCAUAAUGCAUACGCACAAGGGGGGCAAAUGAAGUUUACCCAGGCAGCCUCAUUAAUGGUGUG